AUGAAGUAUGUACCACCCCAUUUAAGAGCAUAUACAGAUGCCAAAGAAAAACAGGAAACUGAAGUUGAAAAGGUAGAAAAAGAAAAAGAAAAAUUAGAAGCUAAACUUGAAGAAUUAGAACUAGAAAAUGAUAGUGAUACAGAAGGAGAUGAUUUUGAAAUCGUUUUGAAUAGUGUUGUUAUAAGUCAAAUUCAUAAAAACAAAGAUUUACGUGGUGAAUUGUUAGGGUAUUAUACUAAAAAUAGCGAUUCAAAAAACAAAAAACAAAAAAAAAAUAAAAAUAACGGUGAUGAUAAUGAAAAUGAUGAUGACGGUGAUGAUGAUGAUGAAGAUGAAAAUGACGAAGAUGACGAUGAUGCAAAUGGUAAUAAAAAAAAUAAAAGAUCUAAAGAAAAAAAUAAAAAAAAAAAUAAAAAUGAAUCAAAAAAAUUAGAUGUUGCUGAAAUUAACCAGUCUUUUUGUGUAUGUAAUAUUGAAGAUAUAUGUAUUGACAAAAUAACAAAAAUCACAAAUAAAUAUCAACUGUCAAAACAAAGACAUAGUGAACUAUUAAAUAAUUUGAACUUAUAUUUUAACAAAAAUAAAUAUGAAGAAGAAGGUGAAAAAUAUAUUAGUGAAGUUAAUAACUACUAUGAUGACUAUGUAAAUAUUAUGGCCGAGUUAAAUUUUGAAACAACUUCCUUUGGUUUUUAUAUUAAUAUAAAUGAUAUUAAAAAAAAAGAAGUUUUAGCUACACUUUUGUUAAGCUCAUUAAUUAAUAAAAAUUCCUUUGUUUUGUGCUUUUCCGAAAAAUACGGAAAAAUGAUUUUUUCAGCAUAUAAGAUAGAUGUCGAUGUUGUUUUCGAAAUUAAAAAUCAAAUUAAAAAUUCAACAUUUAAUCAGUAUACUGAUAUAUUAAAUGUAGAAUUAAAAAAAAAAGGUUUAACAAGUAAAAAUAUAUUACAAAAAGUUCCAAUACGUAUUAAAAAUUUUAUAGCUAAUUCAAUAUUUUUAAACAUGCUCAAAAAUAAAAAUAAAAACUUUUGUUCUUCUAUGGAUUAUUUAAAUACCUUAGAAGCCGAUUCAUUGGAAGAACAUAUACAUGACACUUGUAGAUCUUUAGAAUUGUUAAAAAAUGAACAAGAAAAAAUUAUGAAAUAUAAAAAAGAUGUAUUUAAACAAUUACAAACUCAAAAAAUUUAUCAAGAAAAAAAAAAACUUGAAAAUGAAAAAAAUAAAAUUGAACAUGAUAAUAUAGAUACUAAUGAAGAUGAUAUUAAUAUUCAAAAUAUAUUUAAAAGUAUACCACAGCCCUCUUUAUUAUUUCCUUAUGUAUUAACUAUGAGUAACAGUUUACUCAAUGAUAACAUAAACAAUUUGUGUAGUCAUGCCAUUGCAAAAUCUUAUUUAUAUUAUAAAAAUUCAAAACAGUAA